GUUUUGGAUCUGACUCUGAAUCUGAGUCCGAAUAUGAGUUCAAAUCAGAGUCUGAAUCGGAAUAUGAAUCUGACUCUGAAUCUGAGUCUGAAUCUGAGUCUGAAUCUGAAUCUGACUCUGAGUCGAAUCUGAUUCCGAUUCUGAGGCUGAAUCUGACUUUGGCUCUGAAUUUGACUACAAAUCUGGCUCUGAAUCAGGUUUUGAAUCUGACUCUGAAUCUGAGUCUAAAUCUGAGUCUGAAUCUGAGUCUGAAUCUGGGUUUGAAUCUGAAUAUGAAUCUGGGUUUGAAUCUGAAUAUGAAUCUGACUCUGAAUCCUAGUCUGAAUCUGGGCCUGAAUCUGAGUCUGAAUCUGGGCUCGAAUCUGAAUCUGAAUCGGAAUUUAAAUCUGAAUACGUGUCUGAAUCUGAGUCUGAAUCUGAGCCUGAAUCUGAGCUUGAAUGUGAGUCUGUAUCUGAAUGUGAAUCUGAAUCUGAGUAUGAAUCUGAAUCUGAAUCUGAUCUUUAAUCUGACUCAGAAUUUAACUCUGAGUCUGACUCUGAACCUGUCCCUAAGUCUGACCUUGAACCUGAGUCUGAAUCUGAAUCUGAGCUUGAAUUCUGAAUCUGAGUCUGAAUCUGAAUCUGACUCUGAGUCGAAUCUGAUUCCGAAUCUGAGGCUGAAUCUGACUUUGGCUCUGAAUUUGACUACGAAUCUGACUCUGAAUCUGACUCUGAAUCAGGGUUUGAAUCUGACUCUGAAUCUGAGUCUAAAUCUGAGUCUGAAUCUGAGUCUGAAUCUGGGCUCGAAUCUGAAUCUGAAUUUAAAUCUGAAUACGUGUCUGAAUCUGAGUCUGAAUCUGAAUCUGAGUCUGAAUCUGAGUCUGAAUCUGAGUUUGAAUCAGAGUCUGAACCUGAGUAUGAAUCUGACCCUGAAGCUGACUUUGAAUCUGAUCCUUAAUCUAACUCAGAAUUUGACUCUGAUUCUGACUCUAAAUCUGAGUCUGAACCUGGCCCUGAGUCUGACUCUGAAUCUGAAUCUGAGUCUGAAUCUGAGUCUGAACCUGAGUAUGAAUCUGACCCUGAAGCUGACUCUGAAUCUGAUUCUUAAUCUGACUCAGAAUUUGACUCUGAGUGUGAUUUUGAAUCUGAGUCUGAAUCAAAAUCUGAAUAUGUGUCUGAAUCUGAGUCUGAAUCUGAAUCUGAGUCUAAAUCUAGUCUGA